AUGGUCCUCUGCCCGACCCAACCCUGAUACGUGCCAAUGUGCCAAACCAGAUGAUGAAUCGUAUGCAAGCACAGCCAGGAAUGAAUCAGUUUGGCCAGAUGAACAUGCAGCUGUCACCGAUGGGACCCCGGCAAACCCCUCCUCUUCAGCACCCUGGACAGCUAAGCCAGGCUGGGGCCAUGAACCAGAUGGGGUUUCCUUCACGUAUGCAGCAGCCAGGAGUUGGCCAGCCUUCUGGUCAGAAUCAGUUUCUACAACAGGCCCAGUUCCCUGCUUCUUCCCCAGGAAUGAACGCAGCGAGCAUGCCUAUGACUCAGCCUGGCAAUCAGACACCAGUGUCUCAAGCACAAAUGACCAGCGCUUCCUGUCCUGUGAAUUCUCCUGCAAUGGCUCCAGGUUCUCAAGGGAGCCACAUUCACUGCCCACCUCUUCCACAGCCUCCCAUGCACCGAAAUUCUCCUUCUCCAGUACCUAGCCGAACCCCAACACCUCACCACACGCCCCCAGGCUUGGGUUCACAGCAACAGCAGGCAGCAGCUGCCACCACUGCCCCCACACCUACUCCUCAGGCAAUGCCACCUGGACCGCAGUCGCAAACUAUGCACCCCCCUCAAAGGCAGACUCCAACACCUCCGCAGGCACAGCUGCCUCCACAGGUCCAGCCUCCAGUUCCAGUUACUCCUUCUGCGGAGCAACAGCAGCAGCCCUUGUCACAGCAGAGCACGACUGCAUCUGUUCCCACACCAACAGCACCCCUGCAGCCUCAGCACCCCACAACACCUCUUUCACAGCCAGCUGUAAGCAUUGAUGGGCAGGUAUCCAACCCCCCAUCUACCAGCAGCACAGAGGUGAACUCUCAGCAGACUGUUCCAGAGCAGCAGCAGCCCCCUUUACAGGAAGUGAAAAUGGAUAUUAAAACAGAUGAAGGGGAACCAGAACAAACAGAGCUGCAAAUGGAGGAGAAGGCUGAGGUUAAAGUAGAACCAGUCGUGGAGGAAUGUAAACCAGACCCAAUGGAACAAGAAGAGAAGAAAUCCGAAGUGAAGACUGAAAUACCAGAGGGGGAAGAAAGACCAACUACUCCAGCUACCCAGUCUUCUCCGGCAGCUGGGCAGUCCAAGAAAAAAAUUUUCAAGCCAGAAGAGUUGCGGCAGGCGCUUAUGCCAACACUGGAGGCACUUUACCGUCAGGAUCCAGAGUCUCUUCCCUUUCGACAGCCUGUGGAUCCCCAACUACUAGGAAUUCCUGAUUAUUUUGACAUCGUGAAGAACCCCAUGGACCUCUCUACUAUCAAGAGGAAGCUAGACACGGGGCAGUAUCAGGAGCCCUGGCAAUAUGUAGAUGACAUCUGGCUCAUGUUCAAUAACGCCUGGCUGUAUAACCGCAAGACGUCCCGGGUCUAUAAGUACUGUUCCAAACUGGCAGAGGUGUUUGAGCAAGAAAUUGAUCCAGUUAUGCAGAGCCUUGGUUACUGCUGUGGGAGAAAGUUGGAGUUCUCGCCACAGACUUUGUGUUGCUAUGGCAAACAGCUAUGCACAAUCCCUCGAGAUGCCACUUACUACAGUUACCAGAACAGGUAUCAUUUCUGUGAGAAGUGCUUCAACGAAAUCCAAGGGGAGAGCGUUUCUCUGGGAGAUGACCCAUCACAACCUCAAACCACGAUAAACAAAGAACAGUUUUCAAAAAGGAAGAAUGAUACACUGGACCCUGAACUAUUUGUUGAAUGUAUAGAGUGUGGAAGAAAAAUGCACCAGAUCUGUGUUCUUCAUAACGAGAUAAUUUGGCCCUCUGGCUUUGUCUGUGACGGCUGCCUAAAGAAAACAGGACGAACCAGGAAAGAGAACAAAUUCUCUGCUAAAAGGUUACCGGCGACAAGGCUUGGUACCUUCUUGGAGAACAGAGUCAAUGAUUUCCUGAGACGACAGAAUCACCCUGAGGCGGGAGAGGUUACGGUGAGGGUGGUACACGCCUCUGACAAAACUGUCGAAGUAAAACCGGGAAUGAAAGCAAGGUUUGUAGACAGCGGAGAGAUGGCUGAGUCCUUCCCCUACCGAACAAAAGCGCUUUUUGCCUUUGAGGAGAUUGAUGGCGUAGACUUGUGCUUCUUCGGGAUGCAUGUGCAGGAGUAUGGCUCAGACUGUCCUCCACCCAAUCAAAGGCGGGUGUAUAUAUCGUACCUUGACAGUGUUCACUUCUUCCGCCCCAAAUGCUUGAGGACUGCCGUCUAUCACGAAAUACUCAUUGGGUAUCUAGAAUACGUCAAGAAACUAGGGUAUACUACUGGACAUAUCUGGGCAUGCCCGCCUAGUGAAGGAGAUGACUACAUCUUCCACUGCCAUCCUCCUGACCAAAAGAUACCCAAACCCAAACGACUGCAAGAGUGGUACAAAAAGAUGCUGGACAAAUCUGUGUCGGAGCGCAUUGUCCAUGAUUACAAGGAUAUAUUUAAGCAGGCAACGGAAGAUCGUCUAACAAGUGCAAAAGAGCUGCCUUACUUCGAAGGGGAUUUCUGGCCGAACGUUCUAGAGGAGAGCAUUAAGGAACUAGAGCAAGAGGAAGAAGAACGGAAGAGAGAAGAGAACACUAGCAAUGAAAGCACGGAUGUGAGCAAGGGAGACAGCAAAAAUGCCAAAAAGAAGAACAAUAAGAAGACGAGUAAGAACAAAAGCAGCUUGAGUCGUGGCAAUAAGAAGAAGCCUGGCAUGCCCAAUGUGUCCAAUGACCUCUCCCAAAAGCUGUAUGCCACUAUGGAGAAGCACAAGGAGGUCUUCUUUGUCAUCCGUCUCAUUGCUGGCCCCGCAGCCAACUCCCUGCCCCCCAUCGUUGAGCCUGACCCACUCAUUCCAUGUGACCUGAUGGAUGGGCGCGAUGCUUUCCUAACCCUUGCUAGAGACAAGCACCUGGAGUUCUCCUCGCUACGAAGAGCCCAGUGGUCAACCAUGUGCAUGCUGGUGGAACUGCACACCCAGAGCCAAGACCGCUUUGUUUACACCUGCAACGAGUGCAAGCAUCAUGUGGAGACCAGAUGGCACUGCACUGUUUGUGAGGAUUAUGACUUGUGCAUCACCUGCUAUAACACUAAAAACCAUGACCACAAGAUGGAGAAAUUAGGCCUCGGUCUAGACGAUGAGAGCAACAACCAGCAGACUGCGACCACCCAGAGCCCCGGCGACUCCCGCCGACUGAGCAUUCAGCGCUGUAUCCAGUCUCUGGUCCAUGCCUGCCAGUGUCGUAAUGCCAACUGCUCCCUGCCCUCCUGCCAGAAGAUGAAACGGGUUGUCCAGCACACCAAAGGCUGCAAGCGCAAAACCAACGGCGGGUGCCCCAUCUGCAAGCAGCUCAUCGCUCUCUGCUGCUACCACGCGAAGCACUGCCAGGAGAACAAGUGUCCGGUGCCCUUCUGCCUCAACAUUAAACACAAGCUCCGUCAACAGCAGCUUCAGCACCGCCUGCAGCAGGCGCAGAUGCUCCGAAGGAGGAUGGCGAGCAUGCAGCGGACCGGCGUGGUUGGCCAGCAGCAGGGCUUACCCUCGCCC